CAAUUACAGUUUUAGCAAUGCAGUUGCCCGUAGUUGCAUUUUCGUCUACACGCUGUACUACCAGUAAUAUUUAAUAACGAAGAGUGAUUCGACCAGCCUAUGGUCGACGACACGGGUGUGAGUUCGACUCGGCGUGAGUUCGUCGAUCCGGCAGAGAAAAGUCCAGAUAGAGAGAAAAGGAGAAAAAGAGAGAUUUUAGUGCGAUCACUCGUUCGUCUCAUACGAAGCGUUUCCGAAGAAAGAGGGAUGCGGACGAGCACGUUUAGUUGGUUAUUGAAAGUCGGGCUUCACUUUUAUGGGGUUUGGCCAUAUUUACCGUCAACCGUGCUCUUCCGAUCGUACUGCAUCAUAGCGAUGACAACAGCUCAGGUCUUUCAGUACGGCUACAUAAUCGUGAACAGUGAUACAGAUAACUUCUCCGAGUUCAUGGACGGAGUGAGCAGCGCGAUGACUCAUUCCCUGUUCUUCAUCAAGCUCAUUAUCCUGUGGAUCAAUCAACGAAAGUUCAGCGAUAUAUUGCGAAUAAUGACUAUGAACUGGCAAGAUCACACGUCGAACCACCACAGCCUGAACAUCAUGACUAAAGCGACAUUUCUCGCACGUCGUAUUUCGAGGAUAAUUUUUCAUACAAACUUUUUCUCAGUAUGCCUCUACAGUCUCGGGGUCCUCGCCGCUAACGCGGGCGAUCCUAAGAAAUGGGAGCCAUAUAAUCGGGAGCUUAUCCUGAAGAUGAAACUACCUUUCGAAAUUAGUACAUAUCCUAUCUAUGUGACUGUCACAGUGGUCCAGAUCGUCCAUCUGAUUUUCAUCGCUUGGGGCAUUGCCAUUGUCAAUAUGCUUCUUGUAACUCUGGUCCUCCACAUCGGUGGUCAAAUCGACGUUCUUCGGGAUUGGUUGACGAGAGCGUUCUCCAGAACCGAGCUCGAUGAAAUCACAUCGCGAUUGUUGAUUAUGAAGCAUCAGCAGAUCAUCUUGUUGUCAGAGAACAUCGAGAAUCUCUACACGUACAUCGCGUUCAUGAUACUACUUUCAGACACCCUGAUCAUCUGCUGCUUAGGAUUCGUCAUCGCCACCUCGCUCGGUGAGCCUAACGCCGCGGCGAUCUUGGUGAAGUCCUUAAUGUUCUACGUCACGAUGAAUCUGGAUGUGUUCGUAUACUGCUUCGCCGGCGAGUAUCUGAGCGCCAAGAGCAAAAUGAUCGGAGACGCAGCGUAUGAUUCCCUUUGGUACAACGUUGCGGCGAAAGACAGUCAGAUCGUAUUACUCAUUGUUUUGAGAUCACAGAAAAGACUGACCAUCACUUGCGGGAAGAUCAUAGAUUUGUCUUUGGAGCGUUUUACUAGCGUUGUGAAGGCAUCGGCAUCGUACAUGUCGGUGCUGUUGGCGAUGUAUUGAACGGCGAAUACUAUGAUGACCAAUAUCAUUAACAACAUGGAAAUAUAUGAAGUUUUUUUCUAAACAACAAUAUCUUCUAUUUCACUUAUUU